AUGCACUGCCAAGCCGAAGUCCGGCUGGCUUCCCCCGGGCAGCUCAAAGCAGCCAGGCGGCGCUACAAGACUUUCAUGAUCGACGAGAUCCUUUCCAAGGAGACGUGCGAUUACUUCGAGAAGCUCUCGCUCUACUCCGUCUGCCCUUCCCUCGUCGUCCGGCCCAAACCUCUGCACUCCUGCACCGGCUCCCCUUCUCUGAGGGCCUAUCCGCUCAUCUCUGUCAUCACCAGGCAGCCCUCUGCAGUCUCCCACUUCAUCCCCACCGCAAGCACCUCUCGGGUUCUCUCACCACACACACCCUCGGGAAGCACCUGUUCAGAGACGCAGGCCAGCGAAACCCACGGGAGCAGCGAAUCGGAGACGGAGCAGCCCACCCCUCGCUUGAAAAAGCCUCGCCGCAGCCGGACCAUCUUCACAGAACUGCAGCUUAUGGGGCUGGAGAAGAAAUUCCAAAAGCAGAAAUACCUAUCCACGCCAGACAGGCUAGAUCUUGCCCAGUCACUGGGCUUAACUCAGCUCCAGGUGAAGACUUGGUACCAGAAUCGCAGGAUGAAAUGGAAGAAAAUGGUCCUGAAAGGUGGACAGGAAGCUCCCACAAAGCCCAAAGGCCGCCCCAAGAAAAACUCCAUCCCCACCUCUGAAGAGAUAGAAGCAGAAGAGAAGAUGAACAGCCAGACUCAGAAACUAGCACUGGAGGAAGGCCAGGCCACGGAAGAGUGCGAGUUGACCAAGGAGCAAUUGGAGACCUCGUCAGAGACAGAAGAAUGUCCUAAAGACACAGCAGAAAGCGCCCCAGGGGAGACCAUAUCAAGUUAAGAAUAUGCGAAAGAGAGAGAACCUCCCCCCUCCUCAAAAAGACAAUGUAUAAACUGGAUUCGCUUGCACUUUGUGCCUUAAGAAAUCGACUCAUGCGGUAGGUCACUGCAGGCUAAGGAGACCCAAUAUAAACUAUGACCCGGUGUAAACAGUUUCAUCCGUUCCAAUUUCAUAUGUACACCUUCUCCACUGCUAUGCUGGGAACUGACUUCCCCUCCAUGCUUAGAAAUCGGAGACUCUGGAG